AUGUUUGGCACGACCUUUUUCAAUAAAUCAUCGCCCACACCCUCAAGCGAUUACUAUGUCUUUCCCUCCGUCCUGCAAAGUUUUGUGAACAAAGAUACCCACUUUAAUACCUCAUCCACAUCUGACAGUGUUCCUCUGAUUACUGAUUCUGAUGGUAAUUCUUCUCAACCCCCUUCCACCUCCUCCCCCUUCUCCCGGCGCUUCUCUAUGUUCUCCGCGCCCUCUGAUAACGAGCCAGAGUCCUUCCGUGGAUUAUCCCGGGGUCAGCGCCUUCUCUACUUCGGCAUCUCUGUCUUCUGCACCUCUCUCUUCUUUUCCUUUGCUCUCAUCUUCAUCCCUCUCCUCGCCACACCUUCAGGUCUUCGCAAAUUCGUUUUCAUGUACGUCCUCAGCAACGUUGCACUCAUGUUUGCCUUCGCCUUUGCCUUCGGUCCUUGGACGUACGCAAAGAGUCUAGUGACGCGGGAUCGUCUGCCCUCCACCUUAGCCUACGGGGGGAGCCUCUUCCUUGGUAUCUAUGGCGUGGUGUGGUGGCGAAGCACCUUUUGCGCUCUCCUUGCCAUCGUCAUCCAGAUCGGACUGGGUCUGUGGCAGCUGAAACAAUUCAUUUGGGGAGGGGCGAAGGCUUUCUCGCUCUUCAGUAUAUUUUCCUCUCUAAGGCCUGGUAGAAUCUCUGGAACUAAUCUGCCGGUCUGA